AUGACCAAGUCGAGAAUAACCGUCCUGAUUUCUGGAUCUGGAUCCAAUUUGCAAGCUUUAAUUGAUGCGCAAUCAGAGGGUAAAUUGGGCAAUGCUGAGAUAGUGUCGGUCAUAUCGUCGAGUAAAAAGGCAUACGGUCUAACGAGAGCUGCUGCGGCGAAUAUUCCUACUAAGGUUCAAUCGCUGUAUCCAUACACUAGAGAUAUCCCACAGGAUAACAAAGAAAAGCGUGCUGAAGCCAGGGUCCGUUUCGAAAAAGAUUUGGCAGAGCUGGUACUCUCCGAUGAACCCGAUCUGGUGGUAUGUGCCGGCUGGCUAUUGAUACUGGGUCCUGAGUUUUUGUCCCGUACCAAUACUGUACCAAUCAUCAAUCUACACCCAGCGCUACCCGGGGCGUUCGACGGGACCACUCAUGCCAUCGAAAUGGCCUGGAAGAAGGCCGAAGACGAGGGCAAGCCACUGAAGGCCGGCUGUAUGGUUCAUUAUGUGAUUGAAGAGGUGGAUAGAGGCGAGCCAUUGCUCAUCAAGGAGUUAGAGAUCAUCCCAGGAAAAGAGACGCUGGAAGAGUACGAAAAAAGGGUUCACGAAGCUGAGCACGUUGCCAUCGUGGAGGCUACCGCCGCUGCCUUGUCGAAGAAGUAG